UCUUUGUUCAUUCUUUACUCAACGUAAUUCGGUAUUUUGUGUGGGUUCUAGCCCUCCUAACAGCAUCUGAGAUCAUUCUGCGUAUCCUUGGGCGUGGAACAGAACUAACAAAGUUAGCAAAAAAGUGAAAGUGCUCAGUUGAACAUCUGUAAAAGAAAACCACUGGGGCCGAGUGGCAAUGUAGCAGAAAGUCUGGCUGUGGGUCUCCUCGUCCACGACCGUCGGCAGCGAUGAAGAGCCAACAGAAGAGCCCCGAGCCAGAUGGGAGUGUUGCUGUCAACGAGGAAGGCUCUGUAGCCACGGCUGAGGACCCGGCAGCCAUCGCCGCCAUCCAGUCAGCCGCCACCUACACGGACCAACCCAUCAAGUACCUCUUCAAGACGGAGGGGGCCGGCGGCCAGGUGACCUACAGAGUGAUCCAGGUGUCCGAUGGCCAGCUGGAGGGGCAGACGGACGGGGGCGCCGCCGUCAGCCUGGUCUCGGGUUUCCCAACAACCAAUCCGAACAUCACCCAGGCCGUGUUCUCUCAGCCCGACGGGCCGGAGGGCGACGCCGCCGCCGAGACGCAGUACACGUACUACCCCGCCACCAUCGCCGACGCCACCACGGGCACCAUGGUGACCACGGUGCAGGCCUCUGACUCGCUGCUGGGGCAGACCACGCCCACCGGGCAGGUCUACGUGAUGAUGUCCCCCCAGGACGUCCUGAACGGGUGCAACCAGAGGACGAUCGCCCCUCGCUCUCAGCCGUACAGCGCGAAGCAGGAGGCUCCUCGCGGGUCCCGAGACGACAAGCGGCGCGCGCAGCACAACGAAGUUGAGCGGCGGCGCCGGGACAAAAUCAACAACUGGAUAGUGCAGCUGUCAAAGGUCAUCCCCGACUGCAACAUCGACUACACCAAGACGGGACAGGUGAGCUCAGAGAGCAAGGACUCGCUCACACAGAGUAAAGGAGGAAUCUUGUCCAAAGCCUGCGAGUACAUCAAGGAGCUCCGGCAGAGCAACCUGAAGCUGGGAGACGACAUCGGCUCUCUGGACCGCCUCCGGGUCGACAACCAGCUGCUCCGCCAGGAGGUGGAAGACUGGAAGUCCAAGAACCAGAUCCUGAGGAACCUGCUGCGACAGCACGGCAUCGCGGGCUCCUCCAGCACGGAGCCCCAGUGAGGAACCGGGACCCCGAAUCUCUGCAGAGGCUUCGGGAGACUCAUGCGGGCUUCUUCGCCUCGUCACACGAGCGGGAAUAUGAUCAGGUCAAUAAAACCCGAUAAGAGGGGAGAUGUUUAUUAGCCUCCAGAACAGCUCGCUCUUAAACGCCACCGUCUCAUCUUCAUAUUAACCUUCUUCUCUGUAUGAAAUGCACUCGCGUAGAAACGUUUGUACCCAAGCUUCGACUGUCCCGCUCUUCUUUUCUGCUUUGUAUUUUGUUUUUGUACGUUUCAUGGGGGAUGCUUAUUACAUUGCAACAAUGUAACUCACUUAAUAAACGGUGUGGGGGGGUAGUGGAUAAGCAUUGCAUUGUAGGUAGGCUAUGUCUUUCUAAUAAACAAAUAAAAAAACAUGAAAUAA